AUGUUCCCACAGCACAGUCAUACUUGGGCUACGCUUCAAGCCUUACCACCCUCGGGCAUUCAGUGGUCCGUUCUUUGCCCUGGUUUCAUGCACCCUCGGAGCGAAACGACCUAUCCUCUUCCAAACGAGGCGUCGGCCAACAAUCUAUCGGUUGCUGGCACUUCACCCCCGGAGUGGUCAUCUAAGUUAUUGCGUACGCCACUCAUCGGUGGCUACUUGAAUGUUUUGAGCCAGGCAUCAUCAUACAAGACAACGCUUGAGGACAAUGCAGAUUUUAUCGCCCAGGAUCUUUUAGAUGGCGCAGGCAGCCCCUGGAUUUAUCAGAAAGUCGGCACCAAAGAGAAAAAGUAA